AUGGGUCCCAAAUUCCCAACCUUGCUCUCAACCCGAGUGCGCAUCGAGCAAGCGGAUUGGAUCCAGGGUCUGCUGGGGGGCGUCCGAGAGCUCAUGCCUUUCCCUUUAAGGCUGGGGCGGAAGACCGCGGCAUGCAGUCUGCAGAAGCUGUUUGCUGUGGAAGAGGAGUUUGAAGAUGAGGAUUUCUUGUCGGCUGUGGAGGAUGCAGAGAACCAGUUGGCGGGCACACGGCCUGUAAAUGCCGGGUGCCUAAGACCUGUCUCCUCCCGGCCACAGGAGGCCCAGCUGCUGCCUCGAGUCACUGCCCCAGCAGAGGCUGCAGGCCUGCCAGCCCUGGGACUCCGCCUUCCUACCGGCGGUGGGCCUAGGGCCACUGGGGGUCCGCCUCCCACAGGAACAGCUCCCCUGAGGCCUGUCUCGACAUCCCGCAGCUGGACUGGCACUCAGGGAAGAGUGACACUGACAGAAGUGCUUGAAGAGCCAGGAAGACCCCAGUCCUCAGCCUCCUGCCCCCAGCUUACCUUCAAGAGCAAAGAGCAGGUGAUUGGUGGCUUCGAGGGGCCUGAACAAGAUGAAUUUGAUAAGGUCCUGGCAAGCAUGGAGCUGGAGGGGCCCAGCUUGGAGCUGCAACUUGGAGUUCACAGUGAGGCCACAGAAAUCCUGCCCAGCUGGCAGCAGGAGGACUCCACAUUGGCUAAAAAGGCUCGGGUGGCUGAUCUGAGCAGACCUGGUCAAAGGGGGCCUGUUCCUGCCCCCCACGUAACUGGUAUCCCAUCAGCCCGGGAUGCACCCCCGGAUCCCGCAGUCCUCUGCAGGACUCCACAACCUCACUUGAGACCUGGAACUGUGGGUAACUUUCCUGUCCCAGCUACCUCAAUGGUUCGUGCUCAGCCACCCCACUGGGAAGUCUCUCCCGUGGGUCCCCCUCCUCGAACACCCCAGCCUCUCCAAGAUGCUGGCAGGCCCAUUCAGAGCAGCCCUCAAAAUCGUUUCCCUGCUCAGCCAUUCCGGUCUCCAAACACCUGUUCAAGUGGUGAACUCCGUUUUCUUAGACUCCGGACUCCCAACUCAAGCUGUGCUGCUCCCCCAAAGACCAGCUGUGGACUGUUUCCUCAGGGCCCACCCCAACCCCGAACUCCAGCGUCUUCUGUCCUGUCUCCUGUCUGCACCCCAAAGGGUCCCAGUCCCUCCCCGCUCCCUCAAGCAGCUCUGCAGACGCCCAUCGUCACCAACCACCUGGUGCGGCUGGUCACCGCUGCCAGCCGGACACCCCAGCAACCCACCUGCACCUCCACCCGGGCCAAGAUGCGCCGCUUCCCCGGCCCAGCAGGGCUCCUGCCUCACCAGCACAGUGGGAAAAAUCUGGACGACAUCAUGGUUUCCACGCCCCAGACUCCGACUCACGGUGCUCUGGCUAAAUUCCGGACAGAGGUUGUCACUCGUUCCCAGGCAUCGGUGGAGGAAGACUUUGGACGAGGGCCCUGGCUGGCCAUGAAGUCUACUCUGGGUCUGGAUGAGAGAGACCCUGCUUGCUUCCUCUGUGCCUACAGCAUCAUCAUGGUGCUGCGAAAGGCAGCCCUGAAGCAGCUUCCUGGGAACAAAGUCCCCAACAUGGCGGUGAUGAUCAAGUCCCUGACUCGGAGUGCAAUGGAUGCCAGCGUGGUUUUCAAGGACCCUACGGGAGAGAUGCAGGGCACAGUGCACAGGUUGCUGCUGGAGACGCGCCAGAAUGAGCUGAAGCCUGGCUCGGUGCUGCUGCUCAAGCAGAUAGGAGUGUUUUCUCCUUCACUCCGAAACCACUACCUCAACGUGACUCCCAACAACCUGGUCCAUGUUUAUAGUCCAGAUGCUGGAGACGGGAACAUCCUCAAGCGAUCUCAGUCCUUCCCCAAGGAUCUUGGAAGUUUCCAUGAAAGCCUCCAGCAAGAGAGCGAGAAGCCUGGGAAAGGCCUCCAAACAGUACAGAACCCAGAGGAAGGGGCGUCCCUCGAGAAAGAACUCCCAGAAGCAGAUGACCUGGAUGGACUCCUGAGCGAGCUCCCUGAAGACUUCUUCUGUGGGACCAGCAGUUGGGACUGCCCCAGGGCAGGGCACCCGCCAUGA